UUCAGAAGGGGAGGGGAGAGGGGAUCAGUGUCUACGGUGGAUGCAAGUGCGAGGAAUACGUGCCGGAUACGAAAAGCGCUUCUUCCUUUUCUUCCGCGAGUUCCCGCGAGUUUUCUCAACGAGAAUAUCAAGAUAUUCGCGCGUCCUGUUACGAAUUAUCGGCUCGAGGUUACCCGAAAAAAUCACGGUGGCUCAUUAUUUGCAUUGAAGCUCAAAGCGGGUGUGCGUCGUCAAUGGUCGCAACGCCCGUCAACCGGUCGAGCGUGCUGUAAAGGGUUUUAUUUGCUAACGUACUUCACUUUCGAAUAUUUCUGAGGUCGGUGAGAACGAGCCUUUGACGUCGACGUCAGGAGCAUAUCGCGGAGAUCUUCGCUUUGUUUUCGCCGUGAAACUACUCCUAUUCAAGUGUCGUAAUACAAAAUGGCAUUGCCAGCGAAUUACAAGCAAGUCGCGAUAGCUACGUCGAACAUCGUAGCCUCUAACCAACGUAUGAGAGCGUCCGGUGGGAGCUCGAGCAGUUCGACGAAUAGUAAAGAUACCCAGAGCCCAUUUGUACAAACUCCCCACAGUCAUCCAGGAUUCACACCCCAGAAAGUUGGAAAAAAUGCCAAUGCUGACUCUCGUAUGCCAAAACCACCUAAGCCACCAGAAAAACCUCUUAUGCCAUACAUGAGAUACAGCAGGAAGGUAUGGGAUCAGGUUAAGGCUCAGAAUCCCGAGUUAAAACUAUGGGAAAUUGGUAAGAUUAUUGGACAAAUGUGGAGAGACUUGCCAGAGGAAGAUAAGACAGAGUUCAUCGAGGAAUACGAAGCUGAGAAGGUGGAAUAUGAAAAAAGUUUGAAAACUUAUCACAAUUCACCUGCAUAUCUGGCUUAUAUCGCAGCUAAGAACCGUGGAAAGUCUGCAUUGUGUGCAGCACAGCAAAGUAAUGACGAUCGAGAAAGUCAUGAACGUUCAUCAGGCAGUAGCAAAAGUCAAGCGGCUCAGGAUAGAAGGAUUGAUAUUUUACCAGCUGAAGAUGAAGAUGAUCAAGAUGAUGGAUAUUCUGUGAAACAUGUGGCGUAUUCGCGUUAUACGCGAAACCAUCGGCUUAUUAACGAGAUUUUCAGCGAUACAGUUGUCCCCGAUGUUCGCUCUGUAGUUACUACUCAAAGAAUGCAGGUUUUACGUCGCCAAGUGCAAUCCUUGACUAUGCAUCAGAAAAAACUUGAAGCCGAAUUGCAACAAAUUGAAGAAAAAUUUGAGGCCAAGAAACGUAAAUUCAUAGAAACUAGUGAAAUAUUUCAAGAAGAAUUGAAAAAGCAUUGCAAACCAGCGGUAGAUGAGGAAACUUUUAACAAAAUGGUAGAACGACAGUAUGAAGCUCUUAGACGAGAAAGACUAAAAGGAACUGAAGAGAAUCGUUCAGAUGGACCAGCAUCUAGCGAAUCUACUCCAAAUUCCACUCCAACUCCAACUCCUGCAUCACUUAAUGAGGAGGGCCAACCUGAUGUUUCCGAUAAUGAUUCGAUCGAGAAAAAAUCUAACAAUACCGAAAAAUCCAAUAUUGAAAUGAACAAGAAAAUGUCACCUCCAUAUAUCGAGAGUAAGAUCGAAGCACCAGCAGCAGUGCCAUCAAAUAUUAAUCACCCGACCAACUCCGGGAUGUACUGCAAUAACGUCAAUCCGAUUCAACAACAUCCGCAUCAGCAACAGACGCAAACACUCCAACAUCCGCCGCCACCGCCGCCACCGCCUCAACAUCAGCCGGCACCUCUUCAACAACAGCAUCAGCCGGCACCUCUUCAACAACAGCAUCAGCCGGGACCUCUUCAACAACAGCAUCAGCCGACACCUCUUCAACAACAGCAUCAGUCGGCACCUCUUCAACAACAGCAUCAACCGGCACCUCUUCAACAACAUCAGCCGGCACCUCUUCAACAACAGCAUCAGCCGGCAUCUCUUCAACAACAGCAUCAGCCUCCUCCGCAACAACAUCAGCCUCUUCCACCGAUGCAGCAGCAACAUCAACCGCCGCCGCAGCCAUCUCAGCAGCAUCAGCCGCCACCGCAACAGCAUCAACCGCCGCCGCCCCAACAGCAUCAAGUUAUGUCGCAGCCGCAACCACAACCGUCGCAACCCCAACAACAACAACAACAACAACAGCAGCAGCAGCAGCAGCAGCCGUCGCCGCAACAACAGCAGCAGCAGCAACAACAGCAACAACAACAACCACAACCAUCACCGCAGCCGCAACAGCCUCCAGUGAUGUCACCUCAACAACCAACCACAACAGCCGCGGCAGCGGCCGCGGUCGCAGCGGUAGUUGCUAGCGCGAACGCAACCGCAAAUUCCAUUCCUCCGCCGAACAUGCCACCGGUGUCCACGUCCGCAGUGCCCAUUCAACACAAUCCCCACCAGCAAGGGAUGCUGCCGAAUCACUCAAUGCCGCCGCAUCAGAGUGCGCAAGGUACUCAGAGCACACAGGUUCUGCCGCCGCAGGGACCGGUGGCGAAUCCGCACGCUCCGCAAAUGAUGCCUCCCAAUCAGGCUUACGGCCAGCAGUAUCAGUCCGGACCAGGUCCGCAACAGCCGCAAAACGUUCCACUAGCCCCGAGACCGCCGCAUCCCACUUACAGCUAUUCCCAGCAACAGCCGUAUCAUCAACCCUAUCCGCAAUACGCUCAUCCGUACUAUCACCAGCCGUACUCGCAAUACUCACCCCAUCCGAUGGGUCGACCGCAUGGCCACGGUCCACAUAGUCCGCACAGCCCGCACUACCAUCCGCAAUCACCUCAUACGGUUCCUCCUGAAAAUAAUAACGUCGGUGCCAACGUCGCGGGCGGUACGGCGGCCGCCGUGGCUCCCGCACCCGCGCCCGAUACCAACAAUCCUUCUCCGUACUCCGCACCCCCGGGACACUGUGAGAGCGAACGUCCCGGUCCGCCGGAGAAUCAAGAGGGUCAGGUGGAUGCUAAAGCAGGUCCCGCUUAAAUAUUUUUUAUUUUACAAACGCUAUUCUAGAUUUCCGUUUACACGGCAUAUCUAUAGCUAUAUUUAUCUCUAUAUCCUCGCGCCAGCAGACUCGUUAGGCGUAAUUCUUUAAUUUAUAUGAUAAAAAUAUAAUGUAGUAUGAGAAACUUGAUUUUAUUACUACUCGUAACAGUGUAGACACAAAAAUUGUCCAGAAAUUGUUCCACAUGAAAUGAUGGCGAAGUAAAAAUGGAUAAAAGACAUCUGUAUGCAAAA